CUCGGUGGCCACGCCCCUCCCGGUACUUCCGGCUCCGGCGGCGGCGGCGCGGGAGCGGCGGCGGCGGACGGAGGUCACAGCUCCGCGUCAUGCUGCGGUGCCUGCGCUCCAUCCCGCGGCUCUGCCCUGCCCCGUGCCCAUCCCGGUGCCUGCCCCGGUGCCGCCUGAGCGCCGCUCCGGACACCCCUCCGCUCCCGCUGCGGCGGCGGCUGGCGGUGGCGGGCGCGGCGGCGGGCGCGGCGGCGGCGAUCUGGCUGUACCUCCGGCACGAAAAGGAACAACGGCAGCGCUCCCGGCGGCUGGCCGAGCUGCGGCGGGUGGCACUGGGACAAGGCGACUUCCACCUGCGGGAUACUGCGGGUGUGGAGCGGAGCAAGGCGGAUUUCCUGGGCCGCUGGGUGCUGCUGUACUUCGGCUUCACGCACUGCCCCGACGUGUGUCCCGAGGAGCUGCAGAAGCUCAGCAGAGCCGUGGAGCUGCUGGAGCGGGACCCCGCGCUGCCACCGCUGCAGCCGCUCUUUGUCACCGUGGAUCCCGAGCGUGACAACGCGGCGGCGCUGCUCCGGUACCUGCGGGACUUCCACCCGCGCCUGCUCGGCCUCACCGGCACCACCGAGCAGGUCCGGGCCGCCGCCAGAGCUUUCCGUGUCUACGUCAGCGCCGGGCCCCGCGACGCCGACGGGGAUUACGUGGUGGAUCACUCGGUGCUGACGUUCCUCGUGGAUCCCGACGGGUUUUUCCGGGACUGCUACGGCCGCUCGCGCACGGCUGAGGAGAUGGCGCGCAGCGUGCGGGCGCACAUGGACGCCUACGAGCCGCUGCCGCCCGCCGGAGAGGAAUAAACGGCGGGGAGAGCGUC